GAUUCCAUUACCAACCAACUCCAAGUAAGAUUUCAAAACUCUGUUUCGCUUGAAAAUUGUUGUCUUUGCCGGAAGAAUCACUUCUGCAACUACUUGUUUGAUUUGUCAUGUAAGUUGCACAAGUUCUGUUUGCUCAAUUGACAGAAGGAAUCGGACACGAGUAUUUUGUAGUGAUCCUAUUAUCUUUUGGGUUAGUGAGCUAAAGAAUCCGUGAUGCUGAUCAUCUGGAACCCAUAUGAACAGAGUUGGGUAUUAUUAAUGUGGUAUUUUGCUUUUUUGAACUUGAAGGAACAAGUGAUGGGAUGCUUAGAAAUUAUUGCCCAUCAUGUUUGCUUUGGUUAGAAAAUAAGCAACCUUUCUGUUUUACCCACCUGUAUCAUUCAACAUUUUUUGCUUGUCAAUGUAUGUUUUGAGACUAUAUUGAAAUCAUUUCAAGCCAAUCCUUGCACUUGUAUUAAAUUUUUUUCAAGUAAAAAAUUGCAUUGAUCAGACGCUGUUACAUUAAUAUAAACCACAGCUGUUGUUUGGAACCAACUGUAGUUAGAGCUGGAAGGCCUGAUGCUCCUCUGUCGAUGGUUUUGUCCAUUUUUGAGUAUUUUUCAUCCAUGUCAAUCUUACAGACUUACAUUCACUGGGGAAAAUUGUGAAAAGCUUAUUUACAAGUUCUUUAAGUGGCAUUUUUAAACCUUCAAAUAUUUUAUAUUCAGGCAAAGCAUGAUUAGACUCAAUAAAAAUGGCAUGCUGAAAGAUUUGUUUGAUUCGUAGAGUGGUGUUCGAGGACUCAUGCUUGAUAUGUAUGACUUCAACAAUGACAUCUGGUUGUGUCACUCCUUUGGUGGCAAAUGUUACAAUGUCACAGCAUUUCAACCUGCUAUUACUGUUCUGAAAGAAAUUCAAGUAUUUUUGGAAGCCAACCCCACCGAAAUUGUUACCAUUUUUAUCGAGGAUUAUGUGACGUCGCCACAGGGCUUGACAAAAGUCUUUAAUGCUUCUGGCCUCAGUAAAUACUGGUUUCCAGUGUCAAGGAUGCCCAAAAGUGGGGAAGAUUGGCCUACAGUGGAUGAUAUGGUGCAGCAGAAUCAACGCUUGGUAGUCUUCACCUCUAUAUCAUCUAAAGAAGCUUCAGAGGGGAUUGCUUAUGAGUGGCGAUAUGUAGUAGAAAACCAGUAUGGAGAUGGUGGGAUGAAGAAUGGUUCCUGUCCAAAUCGUUCCGAAUCACCUCCCUUGAACACAUCAACAAUUUCCCUGUUUCUUGAGAACUACUUUCCUGAUAAUCCCAAUAUAACAGAGGUUUGCGUUGAUAAUUCUGCUUCAUUACUUAGUAUGACAAGCACUUGUUAUGCAGCUGCUGGAAAACGGUGGCCAAAUUUCAUCGCUGUCGACUUUUACCAGAGGAGUGAUGGUGGAGGAGCUCCAGAAGCUGUGGACAAAGCAAAUGGUCAACUAACCUGUGGUUGUGACAGCAUUGCCUAUUGCAAGGCAAAUGCGACAUUUGGCACGUGUGAUGUACCUUUGCUUUCACCUCCACCACCAGCAGCGCUGUUACCUGGAGCACCGGGAACACCACAAGGACCGGGCAAUGAUUCUUUAACUACCAGGGCAGUCCAGCUACAUUGGCUGAUAGGGACAUUCUUUACCACAAUGCUAUUACUCUGCUUCUAAUUGAUUACAGAUCCUCUUAUUUUUUCUAAACCACACGGUUGUUUUUUUUUUUAAAAAUGACAGAUGGGCCACUUGUUUCGCUUGUUGAGUCUUGUAUUUUUCCAAUUUUUGUAUACAAAAGUCAAUAAUAUACGAGCCAAUUCUGUCAUUUGGUGUGUUUUAGAUGUUGUCUAAGGUUAAAUUUCCGUG